AUGAUUCAGACGUUGGUCGUGAUAGCUUUAGGACAGGAGCUUGAUAACGAGAAUAGCUUAAGAGUAACUCAUGGCGAUAAAGAAGUAGUUGUAGACAUCGAAGAUGCAAACAAAACCCAGUACCAUGAACAAAAUUUCAAUACGAAUUCAUACGUGUUUGGAUACGAAGUUGGACCUGACGGACAAUUUCAUCAUGAAAAUCGAGGACCGGACGGAGUAGUUUACGGAUGUUACGGAUACGUUGACCCGAAUGGUAUGCCACGUGCGACACAUUACGUCUCUGACGGAUGGGGAUAUCGUGUAGUCACUCCGGGAGAGGACGUUGAGUUGUUUUUGGAGCCGCACAACCCUGAAGAUGAAAACAACGUCGAAAACCACGGCGAAGGAGAAGAACACCACCAUCACCAUCAUGGCAAAGUUCUGUUCAACCUGGAUACCCUGGUCAGCCAGGCCAACCAGGACCCUCUGGUCAGCCUGGACAGCCUGGAUACCCUGGACAGCCAGGCCAACCCGGCCAUCCCGGAUCAACUGGUCAUCCCGGACAACCUGGACAGCCCGGACAGCCUGGAUCAACUGGACAUCCUGGACAACCUGGUAAACCAGGAUACCCAGGGCAACCGGGUCAGCCUGGAUACCCUGGUCAACCGACUCAACCCGGACAACCUGGCAAACCCGGAUACCCUGGACAGACGGGUCAACCAGGAAAACCUGGCGGUUCCGGACACCCCGGACAGACUGGUCAACCUGGGCAACCUGGGCAACCUGGACAACCGGGAUUCCCUGGACAACCCGGUCAACCUGGACAGCCUGGUCAAACUGGUCACCCUGGACAACCUGGAUAUCCUGGUCAGCCCGGAAAGCCUGGUCAAACGGGCCACCCCGCACAACCUGGAUACCCUGGCCAACCCGGUCAUCCAACACAACCCGGACACCCAGGGCAACCUGGAUACCCUGGACAACCCGGUCAACCCGGACAGCCUGGAUCAACUGGUCAUCCUGGACAGCCGGGACAGCCUGGAUUCCCCGGACAACCAGGUCAACCCGGACAGCCUGGUCAAACUGGACAGCCUGGACAACCUGGAUACCCUGGACAACCCGGUCAUCCAACACAACCUGGACAACCGGGAUUCCCUGGUCAACCUGGACAGCCUGGUCAAACUGGUCACCCUGGACAACCUGGAUAUCCUGGUCAGCCCGGAAAACCUGGUCAAACGGGCCACCCCGCACAACCUGGACACCCUGGACAACCGGGAUUCCCUGGCCAACCUGGACAGCCUGGUCAGACGGGUCACCCAGCACAACCUGGAUACCCUGGACAACCCGGUCAUCCUACACAACCGGGACGCCCUGGACAACCUGCUCAACCCGGACAGCCUAGUCAACCUGGACACCCUGUACAACCUGGAUAUCCUGGUCAGCCCGGAAAGCCUGGUCAAACGGGCCACCCCACACAACCGGGAUACCCUGGACAACCCGGUCAACCCGGAAAGCCUGGUCAAACUGGACACCCUGGCCAACCUGGACACCCUGGCCAAACCGGACAACCUGGACAGCCUGGAUUCCCAGGACAGACCGGACAACCCGGACAUCCUAGCCAACCAGGUAAACCCGGAUCUCCGAGUGGAAGUCAUCCCGGAUACCCUAGCGGCAAACCUGAACAUCCAUGGGAAUUACCUGAAAGGCCUGGCCAUCCAUCAACUGGAAACCAGCAGACAGGAGGACCUGGAUACCCUAGUCAACCCGGACAGCCCGGACAUCCUUCACAACCCGGACCAACAGGUCAUCCUGCACAGCCUGGACAACCUGGUUACCCAAGCCAACCAGGCCAACCCGGACAGCCUGGUCAAACCGGGCAUCCUGGACAACCUGGUCAAACCGGCCACCCAUCUCAACCUGGAUAUCCUAGCAAACCUGGCCAGCCCGGCCACCCUGGACAACCUGGAUACCCUGGACAACCCGGUCAUCCAACACAACCGGGACACCCCGGACAACCUGCAUAUCCUGGACAACCCGGUCAACCCGGACAGCCUGGACAAACUGGAUACCCUAACAGACCAGGACAGCCUGGUCAAACCGGGCAUCCUGGACAACCUGGUCAAACCGGACACCCAUCUCAACCUGGAUAUCCUAGCAAACCUAGCCAGCCCGGCCACCCUGGACAACCUGGAUACCCUGGCCAACCAGGACAGCCUGGUCAACCUGGCCAAACCGGACACCCCGGACAGCCUGGAUACCCUGGCAAACCAGGACAGCCUGGACAAACUGGAUACCCUAACAGACCAGGACAGCCUGGUCAAACCGGGCAUCCUGGACAACCUGGAUACCCUGGCCAACCAGGACAGCCUGGUCAACCUGGCCAAACCGGACACCCCGGACAACCUGGAUACCCAGGACAGCCUGGCCAGCCCGGACACCCAGCUCAACCUGGUCAAACAGGCCAACCCGGACACCCCGGACAACCUGGGUACCCUGGCCAACCUGGACAUCCUGGUCAACCUGGCCAAACCGGACAUCCUGGCCAACCUGGAUACCCUGGCCAACCCGGACAUCCUGGACAACCUGGCCAAACCGGACAUCCUGGACAACCUGGAUACCCAGGACAGCCUGGCCAGCCCGGGCUCAACCUGGUCAAACAGGCCAACCCGGACACCCUGGACAACCUGGAUACCCUGGCCAACCCGGACACCCUGGACAACCUGGAUACCCUGGCCAACCCGGCCAUCCCGGAUCAACCUGGCCAGCCCGGACACCCAGCUCAACCUGGUCAAACAGGCCAACCCGGACACCCUGGACAACCUGGAUACCCGCAGCCGGGACAUCCUGUUCAACCCGGCUCUCCCCAGCCUGGACAUCCGACUCAACCCGGAUAUCCUUACCCCGGCUAUCCCUCUAAUCCUACCGUAA